UAGAUUUUGUUGCUCGAACAUUUGGUGUUUCAAUUAGUCUAAUCUGAGGGCACGACGGCAACUGUCGCCGGCAUCUCAUCGAUCCUCCUAAUCUUUAAUGCUCUCCAUCUGAUCUUAAGACUAAUCACCAGUGUUAGUACUAAUAAGUAAUUAAUCACCACAUCCGAGAAGCCAUGGGAAUCCAAUGGAGUUGUUGCGGUCACCGACGCGGUGACGUUACGCCCCAGCUCUCGAGUUUUAUGUUGCAGCCCCUCUCUCCUGUUAGAUGACCAGACUCUCCGGUUUGCUGAGGAAAUUAUAGACAACGAGGGCUGGAGAGAGGAUGCCAGAAUCCAUGCCGGCGUGCUUCCGUGGCGGUGGCGCCGGGAUGCCGCCAUCGAAGGCGGCAGGGCCCAGCCUGACGACCUCGGUCUACGAGACGCACCUCGGCGUCGCAGCCCUCACCUGGUCCCGCACCGUGCUAGGCCUCUCCCUCCGCACAGAGCUCCGCCUGUCCGCUGACGAGGAGGAUGAGGAAGAGCCCGUCCGGUUCCGUAUCCGGCCGUGGCUGCUCUGGAAGCGGCGCGGGACGAAGCGGUUUCACCUCAAGGACGACCGCGGCCACCGCUGCGUGGACUUCGCGUGGGACCUGACGCGCGCCAGCUUUCCUCCCGGGGGCGGUCCAGAGCCGGCCGCCGGGUUCUUCGUCGCCGUCUCCGUGGAUGGAGAGAUGCUCCUUGUUGCCGGGGAUCUCGCCGAAGAGGCCUUUAAGAAGUCGAAAGCCCGGCUGCCUCAGGCGCCCCUGCUCUCGCGCCCGGCGCUGGUCUCGAGGCAGGAGCACGUUGUUUUGGUGGACCAAGGCGGCCGGAGAUCGUACUUGACACGGGCCCGGGUCGGCGGCCGGGACCGCGAGAUCUCGAUCGAGCUUGAGGCGAAGGAUAAGGGGAGAGAUGUGGCGAUGUCGGUAGGGGUCGAUGGCGAGCGGAUCCUGCAGGUCCGUCGGCUACGUUGGAAGUUCCGGGGGAGCGAUAAGGCGGAUGUCGACGGCUGCGGCCGGAUCCAGGUCUCGUGGGACCUCCACAACUGGUUCUUCCACUCCAAGGACGACACGGCCGCUCCUCACGGCGUCGGCUCGGCCGGGGCGGCGGAGACGGGGCACGCCGUGUUCGUCCUCCGAUUCGAGGGAGAGGAAGAGGGGAAACAGGAGGGGCAUAUCGGGAAUGCGAUGUACCAAAGUCUGGUGGCGCGGGGGUAUAAUGGGAAGCACAUGAACCGUAAUUGGAGCGAGAGCAGUAGUGGCGGCGGCGCGGGAGAUAGGCGGAUGGGGAGGAAGAAGAGCUUGAGGAAGACGAGCUCUUCGUCCUCGUCGACCUCAUCAGCGUCAUCGGUGAGCAAUUCGACGGUAAUGGAGUGGGCGAGCCCGGAGGAGGUGGAGCUGCAGCGGGCGCGUGGGUUCUCGCUGUUGGUGUAUGCCUGGAAGAGCUGAUCCACUUGGGAAAAAUGAUUGGCUUGAUAAUUCCUAUUUCUUUUCUCUCUUAUUUUUAUAUGUUUGCAAAUUGCUGUUUGGAUUUUCUAUUAAAAUUCUUGGUUGAAAUAUCAAAUUGACUCCUUUGUUUUCUU